AGUAUUUAGGAGCUAUGGCUGCUAACUAAAAGGUUGGCAGUAAAAAUCAUCAGCCACUCCUUGGAAACUCUGUGGGGCGGUUCUACUCUGUAGUAUAAAGUUGCUGUUUUUUAAUAUUCUCAUGCAGUGUAAAUUUGAUGGUAACAAAGAACCCCUCUUGGGCAACUACUCUCAACCUCUGAUAAGACCAGCCUUUCUCGAAAUUAUAACUAGUCAUCUUCUUGCUCUGAUUCAGACCCUGUUCCAGAGGUGGAGGCUCUGAUGAGAAUCACAGUGACUUCUGACUGUCAGGAUUUUCUUCAGGGAAGAGCCCCAGGUUUCGCAGCCAAAGCAGAGACACAAGAGGAAGGGACAUAGAAAAUGUACGUAAUUAAAGAUCUGACAAUCACUCACCUUGUUUUUGCACCCUUCUCCCCAGCAGCACCAGCUCUCACCCUGGAGACAAAGUUUAGCCUCAUAUGUACUCUGGACAGGUAAAGUCACUUGGUGUUGUGAAGAGACAUCCAUAGCAAACAGUAAAGAUUUUUCCAUCAUAAUUUCAGUCUCUCUCUGUGGAGUUAAUUCCCAAGAAGGUGAGGAGGGAGUGCAGAUAUUGGAAGGGUAGUGGUAAUAUUUCUUUCCCUCUAAGUGGUUCUUUUCUGUUAUCCCACAGAGUACCCAAGAGGAGAAUGGCAACCAAGAAUUCUUCUGUGAGAGAGUUUAUCCUCGCAGGCUUAACGGACCGGCCAGGACUCCAGAUUCCUCUCUUCUUCCUGUUUCUCUGCUCCUAUGUGAUCACUGUGGUGGGGAACCUGGGCUUGAUUACUCUGAUUGGGCUGAACUCUCACCUGCACACACCCAUGUACUUUUUUCUCUUUAACCUCUCUUUAAUAGAUUUCUCUUACUCCACUACCAUCACCCCCAAAAUGCUGAUGAAUUUUGUGUCAAAGAAGAACAUCAUCUUGCACGCAGGGUGUAUGACUCAACUCUUUUUCUUCUGCUUCUUUGUUGUGUCUGAGUCCUUCAUUCUCUCAGCAAUGGCAUAUGACCGCUAUGUUGCCAUCUGUAAACCAUUGGUGUACACAGUCACCAUGUCUCCAAAGGUUUGUUUUUUCCUUUUGAUAGGUGUCUAUGUGAUGGGGUUUUUGGGUGCCAUGGCCCAUACGGGAAGCAUAAUGAGUCUGACUUUCUGUGCUGAUAACCUUGUCAAUCAUUUCAUGUGUGACAUCCUUCCUCUCCUUGAUCUCUCCUGCAAAAGCACUUAUGUGAAUGAGCUGGUUGUAUUUAUUCUUGUAGGCAUUGACAUCGGAAUGCCUAUUGUCACCAUCUUCAUCUCUUAUGCUCUAAUACUCUCUAGCAUUCUCCAUAUUAGCUCUACUGAGGGUAGGUACAAAGCCUUUCGUACCUGCAGCUCCCACAUAAUUGUGGUUUCUCUUUUCUUCGGUUCUGGGGCUUUCGUGUAUCUCAAACCACCUUCCCUUUUGCCUCUUCACCAGGGAAAAGUGUCCUCCCUAUUUUAUACUAUUGUGGUGCCAAUGUUAAACCCAUUAAUCUAUAGUUUGAGGAAUAAGGAUGUCAAAGUUGCCCUGAGGAAAACCUUGAGAAGAAAAACAUUUUCUUGA